AUGACAAGGAAGAAAGUGAAACUUGCUUUCAUCACUAAUGAUUCGGCAAGAAAAGCAACAUUCAAGAAAAGGAAGAAGGGUCUGAUGAAGAAGGUGAGUGAACUCAGUACCCUUUGUGGUAUUGAUACAUGUGCCAUUAUAUAUAGCCCUUACGAGUCUCAGCCCGAGGUUUGGCCGGACAAUCGUGGUGUCCAUCGCGUGUUGGCGCAGUUCAAGAGGAUGCCGGAGAUGGAACAAAGCAAGAAAAUGGUGAAUCAAGAGAGUUUCAUCAGGCAGAGAAUCGCCAAAGCGUGUGAGCAGCUAAAGAAGCAGCAUAAGGAGAAUCGAGAAAAGGAAAUUACUCAGGUUAUGUACCAGUGCUUGACGGGUAAAGGGCUGCAGAAUUUGAUGAUGCCAGAUUUGAAUGAUCUCGGGUGGUUGCUUGAUCAGAACUUGAAGGAGAUUAACAAGAGAAUUGAUGAGCUCAAAAAGAAUGUUCAUCCUCCUCCUCCUCAGCAGCAGGUUGCGCCGCCGCUGCCACCACCACCACCACAGGUAACACCAGAUAUUUUUCAUAUGCAGGAGCAGAAACCGGCGGUGGAUUUAACAAUGGAUGCCAUGCAAAGGCCUCAGUGGUUCACAGAUUGGAUGAACAAUCCCAGUGAUCAUCAGCAAAUGAAUUCUUUUGGGCAUGGGGAUGAAAUGAUGCUGCCAUUUAGUGAUAAUAAUCACAAUACAAUGUGGUCUAAUGUCUUCUUCCCUUGA